UUAGGUUACAAUCACAAAACAAAUGUACACGAGUACACAACAACUCAAUACAGUAACACUAAAAAACCAAAAAAAACGGAAAGGCAAAUAAAACAAUUAUAAAAACUACAAUUAAAACGAAACCAUAAAUAAAUAAAAUAUAUAAAACUACAUGAUGGAAACUGAAGCAAGUGAAGAACCUCAAACCGAAAUGGUGCAGGAAGAGCACUCUGACAAUGUCAGAGUUUUUUCUGAAGACCUUGUCGAAAUUCUAUCGGUAGAUAGUAGACAGUCCACUUCAGUUAUCCCCAAACGAGCUUCGUCCUUUUCGAGGACAAGUGAGAUGGUGAUGAAGAAGAUUAAGAAGGAGGAAAAGAGGUUGCUGCUGAAGGACGCCAUGGAGCGGCUGAAGGAGCGCAAGGAGGAGGAGGAAAAGGAAAAGGAGCUGGAACGCGAACGUCAGAUCGAAGAAGAAAGCAGGAAAAGUUUGCAGGGCAGUUUCGAGGAGCAGGAUGAGGACGAUGUCGGCAGUGACACCGAAAGGACCUCCCUACAAUCGGACUUAGUCUCGUUCGGAACGAAUUUGAUCGCAGCCGAUGCUGAGGACGAAGACUUGGUCGAACCAAUCGAAUCUUCCUCUGAAUCAGAGUCGGAGGACUCAAAGACCCAGCGAUCCAAAAGCAUCAAUCCCUUGCAGACGGCCGUACAAUCGCUGAUGCUGGUGCCCAGUAUCUCUGAUAUCUCGCUGUCGAGCGAACCGGUUGUCCAGCCGAAAACUGGCCGGCCUUCAAAAAUAGAGAAGCCUCAAAACUUUAGGGAUCCCCUAGACGAUGAUAAUGAAAGCAUUAGUUCCGAAGCAGCGGAGGAGGCAUCCAGUAAAACGCACAGCGAUUCCCGGACUGUCUUGGGAGAUUCGGAGUCGCUCCAAGAGUCGUCCCUGGAGAUUAUACACGACGUUCCAAUAACAGAGUCCACCGAAAACGAAUCCCAAAAAUACACGGACUUCGAAACCCUUUUUCCAGCCACGGAGGCAAAAAGCGAAACGCCCGUCAUCAACGUGGACAAAGAACUUAGGCUUAUGGAGACGCAACAGGUUGUUCGCGAGUUCCUCAACCAAUUAAUAAAAAGUGUGGUCGUAGUAGAUCGGCCGGGAAGCGAUGAGUAUAUCCGGAACCGACUGGACAAGGAGAAGCUACUUGCCGCCCUGCAGAGUGCCGUGGACGACCACAUCCUGAUCAACGACCAUCACAGAAUGCUCGAGGACCGAAUGAUCGAGUACUAUCGCCGCCUCAAGAACAAGCGGCCCUUCGACACACUGUCCCACGCGGACGAGGCGAGCUACUGCAUUCGUCAUGACAACGCCCUGUCUUAUUUGUCUUACGCCCAAGAGCGUCUCUCCAGCGUGAAGGAAAAAUACGGAAUCCUAAUGGCCACUGCCUUCUUGGACCUCUCGCACGCCAUGCACAUCGUCGUCAGCACGGAGGAGCACCUGGAGCAGACGAUCCGACGUCUCCUGGUUCGCCCCGACGCCGAGACCGACUUCCUCAAGCGGUUUGUGGCCCGCGAGCUGCGGCUGAUGGCGGAGCACCGGAACCAAGUCAGCGACACCCGACUCCUGCUCAUCUCGCAUAAGCACACGUUGAGCCGCAUCACAGAACAAAUAAAAGAUAUAGAGACCGUGUGCGAUGGCGUAAGCAUGAGGGACUUUAUAACUGUACAAACAAAAGUGUUUGCACUAGAAAAGAAGAUUGAAGAGCGAAACCUGGACCUGAAAAAGCAGCGCAACCAAUACCACACGGACCUGCACUUGACCAAGCAUGCUCGCGAGAAGUCCCUUGCGCUUAAAAAAAAACUUCAUAAGCUCGAAGACGAGCUGCUGGAAAAGAACGAGGCUAAACACCGAUUGAAGACUCAGCUCUGUCGCGCGAAGGUGGUGCACAAAAAGAUACGGGGCCAGAUGAAUGAUCUGGCCUUCCAGGGAGGUCUCCUGUCGUUGCCCGCCUUGAUGUACGACUACGAUCGAACGGUGGCUUACAUUCGGGAGAAGGAGGAAAGUGUCUCCAGUUUGAGGGAAACCCUGAAGUCCAUUUCAAAUCGACUCCAAUCUGUGACGGGCAGCGAAAGAGCUACGAAGAGUAUAACAUUCUGAAAGGUUAUCUACGCUUUUC